ACAUAUAUAAACAUGCUUCAUUCGGUGAGGAAUUUAUAGCGAAACGUUUAAUGAUGGAGGGAAACAUGGCUAGGUUUCUUUUCCUGGUAGUUUUCUCACUGUUGCCCAUACAUCAUUGUGUACUGGGAUUCGACGAGGAAGACGAGGACGACGAAGGAUUCGCUAUGCUCUAUUUACAAAACUAUCACUACCUUUCACCUGAUGAAGACCUUGCCAAUCAAAACACCACAAAAGGAAUCGAGAACUUUCAGAAAUUUUUCGGACUUCAAGUAACCGGACAGCUGGACGAAGACACUCUAUACAUGAUGAAGAAACCGCGCUGUGGUGAUGCGGAUGUGGACAUUCACGGUUCGCGCAUAAAGCGUUACGCAACCAGGGGAAAAUGGACAAAAAGGAACUUAACUUACUACUUAUCUUUCGGAGAUGACAUGAGUCAGGCAGAUCAAUCAAGAAUUGUCGCUGAAGCUUUCAAAUAUUGGAGCGAUGCUGCACAGAACCUAACAUUCAACAGAACUCAGGACUACAACAACACUGACUUUAGAAUCAGUUUUGGAAGACGGUCACAUGGUGGUGUACCGCGUGAAAAGCCUUGUCCUUAUUCAUUCGAUGGACCAGGGGGAAUUAUAGCGCAUGCGUAUUACCCAUCUAAAGGAUUUAUCCAUUUUGACGAUGACGAGGAUUUCACCGAGCUAGGUGGAGUUAAAGGAUGGUGGUGGACUGCGAAGCAAUCUCGCUCUCUGCUUUAUACAGCUGUUCAUGAAAUUGGUCAUGCGUUAGGUCUGGCGCACUCCAAUGUUCGAGGUGCAGUGAUGUGGCCACUUGCACGCAACGGGAGGCCUGUUUUACACCAAGAUGAUAUUGAUGGGAUCAAUUCAUUGUAUGGGAAUCCCAAAGUAACUCCGACAGAUGCGGAAGAGGUAGAAACCUGAAGUAAAGGAAAAAAAGAAGUUAUGAACAGAUGUCCUUUUAACAUGCAAUCAAGAUGACAUUAUUAUGGAAACGUUUCGAAUCUUAUACAGAUCUAUACAAUAUUUCUGUUUUCAAAGGCAAGGGUUUGAAGUCAUAUUUGAUGGGGACAUAGAUUCAUUCAGAGAGAAGAAAUCUAUGUGAUAAAAAUGAAUCUUCAUGAAUCAGCUGUAAGUUUGCAUGAGCUUUAAUGCACUGAACGGGCUGAAAAUAUUUCACUGCACGCAAUGGUUUAAUGACAACCUAUCGCAGUCUACAUACCUGCUUACUCUUUUCUUUUAAAGCGAUCUUGUUUUUUAAAUGAACGACCACGAAACGAACGAACAAAAAGCACCAGAAAUGAAAUAAAUGAGGAACUAUAUUGUUCACUUUGUCCCAUAGAAGGUGACGUACUUUGGAUGUACUUAAGCGAUUGUUAAACCAGUAUCUGUUUAAAGCCAUGCUCUUCACCAAACAGUCCCUUAGUAGACAUUGUGUUGUUAACAUGUCUACAGAAAAAAUCCAAGAAGUAAUAUACAAAGAACAUA